AUGGCCGAUCAAAUACAUUCAACUCCUAGUGCUCACGUCCCAGGUACAGAACGCCUAUUUGCUGAGCCCAACUCAGGCGAAGUCGAUCUCCAAUUCAUUAGCAAAGGCGACACCCUCAUCGUGUUGGUGCCUCAGCCAUCGCUCAAUGACCCGAAUGAUCCACUUCGAUGGUCAAACAAGAAGAAAUGGGUAACUUUUAUCAAUGGCACGGCGUACGCAUUCAUGGGAAGCGUGACGGGUCCCAUCAUGGCUGCCAUGAUGAUCCGUCUGACGCAGGCCUUCCAUGAACCCUUGCAGAGAUUGACGUAUGCCAACGGUGCGACUCUAAUCUGCCAGGGUGUCGGUAAUAUCUUCUGGAUGCCCCUAGCUGUCAAGUACGGGAGACGACCCGUCUACCUGCUCUCCAACAUCCUCAUGUGUGUUGCCUGCAUCUGGUUGGGACUUGUCGUCAACGCUUCAUACAUCCCCUUUCUGCUCGGACGUGCUUUCCUCGGGCUGUUUGAAGCACCCAUCGAAUCCAUUCUACCGAGUACCAUUACGGACAUAUUCUUCCUCCACGAACGCGGCAACGUGGUGUCGAUCUAUGGACUUGCCGUUCUGGGAGGCAACGAACUUGGACCCCUCUUUUCGGCCCUCAUUGUCCAGUACCUGGGCAUGGACUGGGCAUUCUAUAUCGUCGCCAUGUUCAUCGGCCUGAACUGCAUCACCAUGUUUUUCUUCAUGCCCGAGACCAAGUACCAGGGGAUUCGCCCCCAAGCUCGAUAUGCCACAGAUGCUGAUACAACGAAGAAAGAUCAGACUGAAAUGGUUGAGAAUGUACAAAAAGAUGGGACACCAAGACCAGAACUGUCGGCGUUGCCGAAAUUUGAGGGAGCCCUAGUACCAAAGCGACCCCUUGUACACGAGUUGCAAUUUUGGGGCCACUCUGACAAGAACGUCAGUCUCCGCAAGACCUUUCUGCGGCCGUUUGUUCUCCUCACGUAUCCCACCGUACUAUGGGCCUGUCUCAUCUACGGAAUGUCUCUCGGAUGGAACGUAAUCCUCGGCGCAACUCUUGCACAGCUGUUUGAGCCACAGUAUGGCUUCGACGCUCAAGCUCAGGGACUUGUGUUCCUUUCGCCUUUCAUCGGCUCCUUACUAGCGACAUGGCUCUGCGGUGCUAUGUCCGAUCGCAUCGCGAAUUACUUCUCCAUCAGGAAUGACGGCAUCAGAGAGCCUGAAAUGCGCCUGCCUACACUGGCCAUCGGCACGUUCUUAAUAUUCAGUGGAACCCUUGUUCUGACUCUGACCUACGAGGCAAAGACGCACUGGAUUGGCCCAGUCAUCGGCUUGGGAAUCCAGGCUGCAGGCGCUCAGUUCGGCGUGUCGCUAGCCAUGAGCUAUGCACUCGACUGUCACCAACAGGCAAGUUCUUUUUUCCUGCUGUGUUAG